AGGAAGAAAUCCUGUCGCACCAUCACGUUUGACGAGUUCAAGGCAGCGGUGGGAGAGCUGGCCAGAAAGAGAUUCAAGGAGAAAACGGGAGAGGAGGCGGAGGGGGAGGUCUUUAGGAUGAUUGAGGGGAAAAAACCUGUCAUUAAAGGAGUCACGGUAAGGUCCCAAAGCAGCAGGAAAUGACACCCAAUAGUACUGACUUUAGAUAGGAAUUAAUACAGUAUAUAGAUAUGCUACAGACCAAUAUGAGUUUGUCCGAGCCAGAACGGCCCAUAGGGCCCAUUCUGUAGCGUGAUGCAGCUUGAGGCACCAGUACCAGUACAUCCCCUGGAUAGGAUGCUAGUGGCCACUGUGAUGUGUAUAUAGAAACAACUGCUGGGUAUGACUCAGGGAUGCAUCCCAAAUGGCACUCUAAUCCCUUUAUAGUGCACUACUUUUGACCAGGGCCCACAGGGUGCCAUUUGGGACGCAUUCUCAGAACAAACUCAAAUCAUUAUCGUGCAUGACCUUUUUUAUGUGACUUUCUUUCUGUCCACAGAGAGCGGUGGCUUCUCCGACCGUGUCUCGUCUGACGGACACCACCAAGUUCACUGGGUCACACAGGGAGCGCUUUGACGGGAGUGGCCGUGGGAAGGGGAAGGCAGGUCGCGUGGACAUGGUGGACACAUCCGGGUAUGUCGCAGGAUACAAACACCAUGGGUCAUAUGAGAAGAAAGUCACCAAGCCCGCCGGGCCCCCUGGAGCCGGGCCCCCUGGAGCCGGGCCCCCUGGAGCCGGGCCACCUGGAGCCAGGCCCCCUGGAGGAGAGCCCCCUGGAGCCAGGCCCCCUGGAGGAGGGCCCCCUGGAGCCAAACAAGUG